ACCGUUGCGGCCGUURCUGCUGAGGGCGCUCUGUUUGCCUGGCCACCAUGAGCGCUACAGCCCGUUCUCCACGGGCCUCGCCGCCCUCCAGAAGACCUACUAGGUCUCCACCUCCAGAUCAGGAAGACCUCACUCCCCUUCCCUCCAUCAAUGAGCGCCUUGCUUUGCUCCGCCCGUCCCGGGAGCUCUUGGAAUACUAUCRCAAGAAGAUUGCUGAAUUUGAUGAAGAGCAUGAAGAUUUAGUUAAAAGGCUGGAGAGAUACAAAGAAACUUAUGAUGAGCAGCACAAGCUGCAGUGGGAAGUACGUCAGCGAGAAGAAGAGAUAGUGGAGUUGCARAAGGCUUUGAGCGACAUGCAAGUCUACCUCUUCCAGGAGAGGGAGCAAGUCCUCCGCCUUUACUCGGAGAACGACCGCCUGAAAAUCAGGGAAUUAGAAGAUAGAAAAAAAAUUCAACAUCUUUUGGCUCUAGUGGGUUCAGACAGAGGAGAAGUUACAUACUUUCACAAGGAACCUCCACAUAAGGUCACUGUUCUGCAAAGACCAGCUAAAUCCAGGGAUCCUCAUGAACGAAAUGAUAUUUCUACAACAGUAGGCACCAAGAGGAGCACUUCAAAAUCAGCAGCAAGUGUGGAGAAACUAGAAAGUCCUGAGAGAUAUAAGACAGACAAUCAAACACUCUUACUCCAGGUGGAGGCUCUGCAGGCUCAAAUGGAAGAACAGACACGAUUAUCCAAGGAACAACUUGAGGCGCUCCUAGAGGACAGGCGGAUUCAUAUKGAAGAAGCCAAGGUCCAGCAUCAGAGGGACCAGGAUAAGAUCAAAAAUAUAACAGAUAAGCUUCAUAAGACGCAGAAUCUCUUGUAUGAGAGUACCCGAGACUUCCUCCAGCUGAAGUUUGAUACUCGAGCUAACGAGAAAGCAUGGAUGGCAGAGAAGGACAUUCUGCUGAGGAAACUUGACAAAGGCCUGGAUCGGCCUGUCAGCAAAAAGGCUGAGAGAGAGAAGAAGCAAAGAGAUGUCAAGAAGAUUCUUCAGGAAGAUUAUGAAGACUGGAAACUCCAUAGCGGAGAAAUCAAGUCGCUGCAGGAGAAACUAAGGCARGAGCAGCGGCUAUCGAACAUGUACCGGGAGCAGUGUGUCAGCCUAGAAGGUGAGCUGGCAAGGAUUCGUGAGGAGGGAGAUGUUGGCAGAGAGCUCUUUAAGGAGCGCUCAGAAAAGAUGGGAAAGCGCCUGCAGCUGAUGACUCAGCGAUACGAAGCCUUGGAAAAACGCCGAAAUAUGGAAGUGGAAGGCUUCAAGAAUGACAUCAAGCAGCUUCGGCAGAAGCUGAAAGAUGUGGAGAAGCAGCUUUUCAAGGUGACUCUGAAUAUUGGACCAGAUCAAGAUCUUGCAAUUCUGCAUGAGGUUCGCCAAGGCAACAGACGAACUCAUAAAAUCCAAACAGAACUGAAAAUGUUAAAAGCCAAAAUUUAUGGUUUGGAGAAUGAACUACGGGUCUGCUGAUUCUGAGAUAUGACCAAGCAUUCUGUUGACCAAAAAAAGGACCACUCCUAGGCUGGAACAGUCAUCCUUAAUGGCAGCUCUUGCCUGUCUGCUUUCUGUCAUCUAGUGACAAAAGACUUGAGGAAAUCUGCAGUGAGUGUCAUGAUAUCCURUACCAGCCAUUCCUAACAUGUCCGGCCUAUGGUGCUGUUUCAGCUGAGAGAGGAUAGUGAUAACUGGCCAUGUACUUUUGAUGGUCUUAUUGGGAUUUUGAUUAGAACUCUUCUUAUUAUUUGUGUUAGAGGGCACAUCAUGCUGGUCUUCAGCUUUAUUUGGAGCAUAGUACAARCUGCAUAUGGAAUUAAUAAUCAUGAAAAGAUCUUUUUUCUAGAUUUGGAUUGUCUGAUGCUUCCAUAUGUGAGACAAUGAGCUUUUAAAGUCAUUUACAUGAUUAAAAUGCCUAGACAUCUCAGGAUGUAAGAGGACUUUUUUUUUUUUAAGAGAAACUAAGUCAGUGCUACAUUUGCGUCAUUUAAUCUUCCCAGCAUAGCUGUUCUAAAAUGGCUUCCCUUUAUUUUAGCCUAAU